AAAAAAAAAAUGGGCAACAUCUGCUCGAAAUCCUCCAACUCGCCCGACGCCUUCGCCCGACCAGGUCGCGUCCUCGGCGCCGCCAACACCGACUCGGCCCCAGCCUCAACCGCAACCGCAACCGCAGCCCCCUCCGGCCCCCGCGCACCGCUCCCCAAAUCCACCUCUCACACAAACUGGGGAUCCGGGGAGGGAGGGAGGACAGUCGGGGCUGGGUCCGGCGGUGCGACGGCGACAUCUCCAUCGACACCGGGCACCGCGGACGCAAGGGCCAACGCUGCGUUGGCGGCGCAGCGACGUGCCGAGUCGGCGAGCAGUUCGGCCAACAAGGGCAAAUUGGGGUCGAAGUUGGCGGCCCAGAAGACGCAGACCCAGGCGCAGACGUUGAAUGAGGCGAGUCGGGCGGAGGUGGCGGCUCGGGAUGCGGAUGGGGCGGCUGAGGCGAGGCGGUGGCAGUGA